GAACAAUCCAUUGACCGGCGAGCGCGCUCGACGAGCUCGUGCGGUGCUCUCUCGCUGAAGACAGCCGUUAGUGCGGGCACGAGCGAGCGUAGCUACGAAAGAAGACGAGUGGUAAGUGUACGGGCGUUAUUAUUCGCGCGACACUCGUAUUGGAAAUUCUUUCAGAGUUGCGCGUAGUUUUUCUCGCGAGUCUUUUACUAACGAAAAAAAAGGAAUAAGAGGAAGAGGAAAGAAAGAAAAGAAGGAAGGAAGAGGGAGAGACAAAUCGAAGUGGUAAGGUCUCCUUCGCGGUACGAGAUCGAUAAAUGCGAGGACGUUACCGGAAACGAGACCCUCCGGAGCUAUUUUUUCAGUGAGGGGAAUAACGUUUUGCGAAUCUUUGGCAUUUGCUGAGCAGCACCUGUCGUUAUAUUAUUCUAUUUCGUUGAGAUAAAAAAAAAAAAGAGAAAAAAAAGAGAAAGAGAAGAGAAGUCGAAGGGUUGAAGAAGAGGGAUGGAGGUCGACGAGUAGGCGUCCGAUCGAGCGGAAGCCUCCCUCUUGCCGUAGGUGCGAGGGAUGCGGAGAAGGCCGCCGUCGGCGGCGGCGAGUACGCGCCGCCGCGAUGGUGCCGCGCGAGGAGAAAAGAAGAAGAGUGCUCGUCGCGGCUGCUAUCUCCUGCGAGAACGUCCGAGGAUGUUGUCUUCUUUUCUCUGGUUUGUACAAUUAGCGAUGGAGCCCCUUCAAGAAGGAACCUGUCUUAGCUAAAACGCACUAGAGCCGCGUUCACGGCGAGUUUACGAAUAAUCGCAGUAAGGUGCGCGACCAUGAAGGAACACGGGAGUAAGCAUUCGGCGGAAGCGCCUACGAAGACCCUUAAGUCUUUACUAAAGAAGCCCGGCCAAACGAAGGGCAAAACUCGGAAGAAUCGCGUAGUCAUUAAUGAGAAACUUAACGAGUUCUUUGCCGCGGAUUAUAUUAUACUUAUAAAGGAAGAGUGUUGCGCUGAGUACGAGGAAGAUUGCGACUGUUGUUGUCAGGAGCACGAACUUAUACGGUUGGGCAAUUGCAAGGAGUGCCGGGCGGAAUUAAAUCUCCACUUUGGCGUCACGGAUGAUGGCCGUUACGGUGGCGCCGAUGGGGAGGUUGACGAGGAGGAGGACGAAGAUGAGGACGAAGAAGAGGAUGCGAUCGACGAGGAAGAGGAGGACGACGAGGAAGACGUUGUUGACGUCGUAGCGGCUGUCAACGUUGCUGUCAAUGCCGCUGUUAACGUCAACGUCGGUAUCAAUACGAAUGAUGUGGAAAAUCUCCAACAACAACAUCUGCGGACUGUAGAAGUUCGUAAGAAGGAUGAAGUCGAAGCGAUAGCAUGCGAACUCGAACCCGAUGCCGUCGAGCAUAAAGCCGAACUCGAAGCCGAACGCGAGCCGAAGGAGUUGGUUAAUCGGCAGGAAGUGCCGACGAUCGUUCCCGACGAUUGCGCUGACUCGACCGUUCGCGGAGGAGGCGAGCGUCAACAGGAGACUCUCAGUCCUCCAGAAGGCUACAAGGACGUUUGCGUCGAAGGUACUGCAAUUUUGGAGGACACUGGUCAUCCACCUCGACUUUUUCCACCACCAACCUGCAGCGACUGUGAUUAUUAUCACCGAAAGAAGACAGGUGCCCAAGAGCAAAUUAAGGUCAAUGGGACCGAUGCCGAACGCGAGGACUCUAUCGUUGAGAAUUUUAAAGAAGCAAACAAUCAAGUUCGAUCCUCUACGCCUAAUGAUUUGCAUCAUCGGUAUCUCGUCGAGACGAUAACGAUGACGACGGUUACGGAACGACGAAUAAUCCGAGAGAUCAGUGAGAACGAGAGGAAACUUUGUCUCGAUGAACUUGAUCUGGAACAAGAAAGACCAUCAAGCGAAAUUCCAAAACUGGAUGGAGUUUCAACGGACUCUUCGACUAUUACGACGAAUAAAGUUGAAAAUCUUUCGUCGAAUGUUUGCCGUGAAUGUGGCAAUGCGGAAACGAAUGCGGAAACAGUCGAGGACAAUGAGAGAACGGAGAGUAUAGUUGGAAGUAAUAACAAAAAUGAAAACGAGGAACAAACGAUAGAUGAGGAUGACAAUAGCGAAUCAAAGGAAACUCUUCAAGAUGUUACGGAGCUAUCACUAACAUUUAAACUUGGUAACUUGGCGACUAAUAGCUUGAAACCAAAUUCAGCUGUGAGACAACUCUUUCCCAAUCCGAGAUUCAUCUCACCACCACCGGCACCUCUGAACAAAUCCGUCUCAUUAGCCGAUUCUGAAAGUACCUAUUCCGAAGCUCAAAAGUUUCUCAUCACCGCAGAGAAUUUACGGCUGUUUGAUACAACGAAGAGAUCAGCGAAAACGACUACGCGUAGCGAGUCUUGUGAAAGUGAACCAAGUAUGAUAAAGAGGACGAUAGAGAGGAACACGUUAAGAAGGAGUUUGAUUGGCAAGUGCAAUGCAACUACGAGAAAAAAGAAUCUCAGAUCGAAGGAUUUGUCUUUAGAGGAACGAAUUAGACAACUGACUUGUGUUGAUCAGGACGAGGAUGUUACCGAAGAGUCUUCAAAGAGUACAGAACUUGUUUUAGAUCAGGAUAAUGAGAGGUUGGAAUUCUCCAUGCGAACUUCACCAUCUGGCGAGGAACAACCACCAAUCGAACGAUUUUCUCAAAAGGUUGCUACAUUGACUACAAUGACAACGUUACCGAUGACAACGUCCACGACGACGAUGGUGCCGAUGGUGACGAACAUAGCGACCAUAUCAACACCAACGACGUUGCCGGCGACAAUGGCAAAUGUUCAUAAUUCGAAGAAUACCCCAUUAAUGGAUACUACGCCAAAUCAAUCGACUUACAGGAAGAUUACCGAUCUUUUCGCGUACAAGAAAAAUACCGAACCAAAUUUACCGGAUCUUGGUAUUGGUAAUAACGGUAGAGGUACUUUGGUUAAAGAAUGUCAAUCGAAAAACUCUCUAACGAAAAUGAAUUCCGAGGUGAGAAGACAAUUUUUAGCUAGUCUCGCUCCACUCUCUUGCGUCACCAUGAAUAACGCGGACACUCGUGAGGAUUAUUACAGAAUUGAGCCAAGAAUUGCGACAAAUGUAAAUAGCAACUCGAUAAAUCACCUGUCCGAUUCAGCCUACAGCUUGGAGGAUAUCGAGACGGCACUGAACAAGAAUCGUGCUAGUGCACCUGAUGUUACGAGAGGUACACCGGUCGGUAAUAGGCCAGAUAUAGGUGAAAACUCAGCCGACGAGUUGCUUGCUUUCGUGGAACAAGAUAAAUCCAGGAUGGAACGAAUAAAGCGACGUUAUAGCGAGAAUGAGGAACGUCAUAGUCUCGUUAAUGGCGUUUUAGGAGAUGAAAAGAUGAUGACUAGUACGACCAGUAACAACGAACAGGUUCAUGAGGAAGACCAUGGUGAAGAAGAUGACCAGGAUGACGAACUCAACGACUAUGGUUUCAACAGGCGUCCGCCUGUUCGAGGUAUCAAACCUCUGUUUGGUACUACUAAUGAGAUCGUUCAUCAACUUCGUUCUCGAAACGUAGUCACAAAUGAUUUUAAUGAUGUGAGAGAGACAUUUGCCACGGCAUGGCCGUUGCACUACGAUAAGAAUGGCGACAGAAUCGAUGGUAAAAAUCCGGCGAACGUGUACGAUAUGAUGCCGAAAGAAGAUACAAACACGAUCGAUCGAAUAAACAGUAUGCAAAAACAAAUCGACGACAUUUAUCAGACCAUUGUGGAGACCGCGGUGACUCAAGGCAAUCUCGAUCGUGUAACUUACUUAGAAAAUACAUUGCCACGUCCAUUGGUCAGAAUACCGCCGACCGAUGGUAUCUCACAUCAGUAUCCCGAACAGAAAAACGGUCAGAAUUAUUUCGCGGAGAAGCAUCAGCCGACGAACGUUCGUAUGUUGCGUAUUGCGGGUGGCGGCGAUGAAACAGCACCAACUACGAAUUAUGCAUCGACUCUACCGGCUAAAAUUCGUCGGUAUCCAUCAACGACGAUCCCCAAUUAUCAUUGCAAUGUAGUUUCACCAACUGCGGCAUCCAGCAGCGGUGGUACUAAGUGCUAUCGCACGAUGUAUUUCGUGCCAUACAACGGUCUCUCGGAUCCGACAUAUCAGAACAUUCAACGGAUCUUACCACCCCAUUCGUCGCCUAAUUACGCGACCCAUAUCGAGCGUUAUCCUUAUCCUCGGCAGACAAAGAUUGAUAGCCCACAGCAACAACCGCAACAGCAGCAGCAGCAACCACAACAGCAGCAGCAACCACAGCAACAUCAGCAGAGGUACUACCCACGUCCCUUGGCGCCAAAUACCUAUUUAGCAUCUCAACCAUUUCCUGAUUCCGCUCCACCCAAUUGUCUUCCUUCCCAAGCAUCUCAGCAGACACUCCAGUUGCACCUACAUCAGCUAUCAUCCGUUCCUCACGCCGCUGUUCAUCCUAUCCAAUUUCAACAUCGACAACAUCAUCAUCAAAUCGCAUCAUAUCACUUACAAUCGGUAUUACCACCACCACCACCACCUCCAUCAUCUUACACGGUGAUUGCACCACCUAGAUGCUCCUCCACGGUUACAGCCGCCCAUUCGACCAACCCAGCCUAUCAUCUCUAUCAAAUACCACUUGGUCGAACAUCCGCUACUGUUGCUACGGCCGCUGCAGCAGCUGCUGCAGCAGCCGCAGCGGCAGCAGCUGCAAAUGCCACGGACGUACAAACUCAAACCGUCUCGGUGUCCUCCUCAACUCCUCUGUCCGUACCUGUUACUUCCUUUAAACCCAUCUGCGAUGUACGUCUCUCUGCGAGUUUUUCUGUUAAUGAUCAACAAGGAAACGUUAAUAUUGGUGGGCCUCUUUCGGCAUCUUCCUCGUCUUCUUCCUCGGCAUUAUCUUCACCUACGAAACAACAACAACAACAGCAACAACAACAACAACAACAGCAACAACAACAACAACAACAACAACAACAACAACAACAACAACAACAACAACAACAACAACAACAAUUAGUGAAUAACUCGUGUAGCGUCGCGGAACGCGGCGUACCGGAAGGUGCAGCUAGUGCACCUUCUCACGAUUUUUCUCAGCCAUCACAACAGUCUCACCAUCAUCAACUCACUUCUCCAACUCCGGCUCUCUCUCAAUCGACGACUACCUCGAUGUCCCACUUACUUCUCGUGUCAAACUCUUACGGCGGGCAUCGUGCCAAUACCCUAAACCCGCCUACCGACUCUCAAAACUCCGUGUAUUACGCGAUGAACGUUUAAAGGGGCAACGUUUUUGACCAACUUCACGGCUGGACUCGAGACUUAGUCCCUUUUAGUCAGUGACGGAGAAACACACACACUCAUAGAUACACACGUAUACAAACGUACACUUAUAUAUAUGAAAAGGGACAUGUAAAGAGAAGAAGAGGGAUGCAGGCGAAAUUAGCUCGCAUCGACGAUUCCUUUUCUUUGAUGUGGUGGAAAGUGAUGACAGGUAUGUAGAAAAAAAAGAGAGAGAGAGAGAAUGUGUGUGUGUGUGAAUGAGAAGAACACGAGAUUAUCGUGCGAGAAAAGCAGGACGACGGCCUCUUUCCGUGUUCGUAAACGAACGACAGGCUUGAUUGUUGAAAGGCGAUACGACUCGUUGAUUCUCUUCUACGCGAUGACGAAUACGACGAUGUCGAUGACGAUGGAAGCUGAGUACUCGAGUACCAUAGUAUUCUCCUCUUCUUUCUAUACUCUUCGUAUCUUCACUUUGUGUUUCAUACAUUCGUGAUAGAAGGAUAAGGUGACGGCAAAAUUAUGCGAUCUUUUUGAUGAAAUCUCUAUGAAAAAUAGACAGGAUUCAGUCUAUGUGUUUUUACACUAUAUAUUAAAAAUAUUUUGAUUAUACAUGCGUUGCCAUACUUUUAUUCUUCUGAACAUUUCAAUGUUAAUGCAUUACUAAAUUAUAUUAAACUUCUUAUAAUUGAAUCUAUUAUUUGUUUUUCGUUAUUAUCGGAUGAACGAGUCUAAUGAUAAAAAAAAAAGAAAAACAAAAAACAAUAUUUUUCUAACUUAUACUUAACUCGAAGAAUUUACUUAUUCUUUUUGAUAACUCCUUCAAGUAAAAAAUUUAUUUCCUUUUCUUUAUUAUUUUUUUUUACAUUUAUUUUAAGUAUUUUACAUAACAUUUUAUAAUCGUACUAUUAGUUACAUAGUAGCUGUGUCAUAGUUAUUUUUUAUAAAGUCAGCAAUGUAUUAAUAAUCACGUUGUGAGAUAAUAUAUUUAUGUAUGUACGAAGAAAAGGACGAGAAGGAGAUGAAGGAGGAGGAGGAGAAGGGAACGGGAUGAAGGCGACAUGGACAGACGGCGAUAUCGAUCUUUUUAAAAGAACAGACGUGGGAGGAUGCUUUCUAUCGUUACCGCGAACGUAGCGAAAAUAGUUCGUCGACGUAAAGUGGAUAGAAGAACUUGUAAAGUUACCGCAUUAUUGAUUCUGCCAAAGAUACGAUACUGUGUUAUAUAUAUAUAUAUAUAU